UCCCUCCCAGGGCGCGCGUACAUCCCGCAAAACUGGCAAACAACCGGAAGGUCGGCCUACGAGGGGGAUGGACAAGAGGGGCCAGCCCGCCUCUCCGUACGGCGCGCAGGCGCGGCCCCGCCCCCGCUCAGCGUGCAUGCGCGACCCCGCCCCCGAGCAAGCCACGGGGGCGUGCCCGGUUCCCGCCAGCCCCUCCACGUCAAUCAGCCCUCCUUCUCCCACACUCGGCACCUUGUUGUUAAUCUCCAUCCGCUGCUCGCGCGGGGGUCGCCUCCUCUCUUCCCCCGGUCUGAGGGCUCGGAACGUGGGCAGCGUGAGCGAGAGAAAGAAUCGGAAGGCGGCGGGCGCCGAGGCCGCGGCCUCAGCGAGCAGGCGAAGCCCAGCGCCGAGCUACCCCCGCGGCGGCGGGCCCAGACCGUAGCCGCGGAGCCGGGCCCCGCGGAGCCGCCUCAGCGAGCCCUCGGAGCGGGGCCGCCCAGCCGCGGCCUCUGCCUCGGCCCUCCCCACGGCCCGGCCCGGACCGGCCCGCCCGCCCCGCGCCCCCCCCGGCCGGUGCCUGUCCUCGCCGGCGGGCUGCCUGCAUGUCUUGGCUGCCCUCAGCCCCGCCGCCCCCGCCGUCCCCGCCGCCGCCGCCGCGCCGCCUCCCCCGCUUGCCCCGCCGCCGCCGCCGCAGCCGCUGCCGCCGCCCGGAGCCCGGCGCGCUGAAUGCAGACUAACAGGGAUGCCAAAAGAAAAAUAUGAUCCCCCAGAUCCUCGCAGAAUUUAUACCAUCAUGUCAGCAGAGGAGGUAGCCAACGGAAAGAAAUCUCACUGGACAGAAUUAGAAAUCUCUGGUAGAGUACGGAGCUUAAGUACAUCACUUUGGUCAUUGACACACUUGACAGCUCUGCACCUAAAUGACAAUUAUCUUACUCGCAUUCCACCUGAUAUUGCCAAGCUUCAUAAUCUGGUUUACUUGGAUUUGUCAUCCAAUAAACUCAGAAGUUUACCAGCAGAACUAGGAAACAUGGUGUCUCUCAGGGAAUUGCUUUUAAAUAACAAUCUGUUACGGGUUUUGCCUUAUGAACUUGGUCGGCUCUUCCAGUUACAAACCUUAGGUUUGAAAGGCAAUCCUUUAUCACAGGAUAUUCUCAGCUUAUACCAGGACCCAGAUGGAACCCGAAAGCUACUGAACUACAUGCUUGACAAUCUAGCAGUUCAUCCAGAGCAGCUUCCUCCGAGGCCAUGGAUUACACUAAAAGAACGAGACCAAAUUCUGCCCUCAGCAUCAUUCACGGUUAUGUGUUAUAAUGUGUUAUGUGAUAAAUACGCCACCCGGCAGCUAUAUGGCUACUGCCCAUCCUGGGCAUUAAACUGGGAGUACAGGAAAAAGGGAAUUAUGGAAGAAAUUGUUAACUGUGAUGCAGAUAUCAUUAGUCUUCAGGAAGUGGAAACAGAGCAAUACUUCACCCUCUUUCUGCCAGCAUUAAAGGAGCGUGGAUAUGAUGGAUUUUUUUCUCCUAAGUCACGUGCCAAAAUCAUGUCUGAGCAGGAGAGAAAACAUGUGGAUGGUUGUGCAAUAUUCUUCAAAACAGAAAAAUUUACUUUGGUGCAGAAGCACACAGUGGAAUUUAACCAGGUGGCCAUGGCAAAUUCCGAUGGAUCAGAAGCCAUGCUGAACAGAGUUAUGACGAAGGAUAACAUUGGUGUGGCUGUGGUUUUAGAGGUCCACAAAGAAUUGUUUGGAGCAGGUAUGAAGCCUAUUCAUGCUGUAGACAAACAGCUACUUAUUGUGGCAAAUGCCCAUAUGCAUUGGGAUCCAGAAUAUUCUGAUGUGAAACUUAUUCAAACUAUGAUGUUUGUCUCAGAAGUAAAAAACAUCCUGGAGAAAGCCUCUAGUAGGCCUGGUAGCCCAUCAACUGAUCCUAAUUCCAUCCCACUGGUGCUAUGUGCAGAUCUUAACUCAUUGCCGGAUUCAGGUGUCGUGGAAUAUUUGAGCAGUGGGGGAGUGGCUGAUAACCAUAAAGAUUUUAAGGAAUUGCGUUAUAAUGAGUGUCUCAUGAACUUCAGCUGCAGUGGGAAAAAUGGUACCUCAGAAGGAAGAAUCACACAUGGCUUCCAGCUGCAGAGCGCCUAUGAAAAUAACUUGAUGCCUUACACAAAUUAUACCUUUGACUUCAAAGGUGUGAUUGACUACAUUUUCUAUUCCAAGACUCAUAUGAACGUGCUUGGUGUCCUGGGGCCUUUAGAUCCUCAGUGGCUGGUUGAGAACAACAUCACUGGGUGUCCACACCCGCACAUCCCUUCAGACCACUUCUCACUGUUAACACAACUUGAACUCCACCCUCCACUCCUGCCUCUUGUCAAUGGUGUUCACUUGCCCAAUAGGAGGUAGUGGAGUCCAGCCCCGCCGAGACGGGGAUUUGUUGCUAUGGACCUGUACAGUUGUAAAUCAAAGUAUGUAGGAGUGAAGUAUGGCCAUCCUUAAGCUGCUUCUUCAGGCUCCUUUCAUUAUGUGUUUGCUAUAAGAUUUUGCACAUUUUGGUGCAUAUUGGUAUCAUUUGGCACUAGGGCUGGAACCAAAGUAUUGCUCCCUUUCUGCGUUUUUAAUUUAGUGUGUUUUAACUAUUGGACCUGUUUCUUAUUCAAAAAGUUAGCUUUCAUAGUAAAGAAAUGAUCAGUUAAAGGUCCAACAAUAUGUAUUUAUUGCUCCAAGACGCAUUUUCUGCCUAAUUAUAUAAAAAUCAGCUAUCCAUCUUUUAAAAUAAAAUGUUUUCUUUUAAUUACAUUAAGAAAAUUUAAAAUUUGAACGGUUUAUCUUGCAAGGAAAUGCUUGUUCUCCUUUACUACAUGCUGGUUUGCCUCUCCAGAUCACUCUGCACAUUAGUAAAUCAUACAUACAAAAAUACAUCCGUGUGUGUGUGUGUGUGUGUGUGUGUGUGUGUGUGUAUACAUAUCUAUGUAUAUGAUUGUAGAUCUAUACACACAAAAACACGCUUUGAAAAUAAAGCGCUUAAUUAAUAGUACAGUGUUUUGUUGGGCAAACAUUCUGACAUUUUACGGGAAGAACAUAAACAAAACCCCCUUAUUGAUUAUAUAUUUGUAGGUCUUAAAUUAUUGGUGAGACCUAGAAGAGCUGUCUCCCUAGUUUACUAUUGGGAAAACAGUGGGAAAUACAUUGCCACAUAGCUUGAAAAUAAAAUUUGAUCUAUUUGAAAAUGGAGUGCAUACUUCCUCUAGAUGGCAAUUUUUGUCAAGUCCUAUCCAAUUUUUUUUCCUCCUUGCUUUGCUGCAUAGUAGACCUUGAAUUACAAAAGUGUUGCCAAUAUGACCAUCUCCCUGACAAAGCCAGAGACCCCAGGAUCAAGAGGACAAAAUACAAUGGCAGGAAUGCUAGGCAUGUCCCAGGUGUGUAUAUAAUGAUGGAGCUACCAGGUGACCUCUUGGCUUAAGAAAGAUUUGGGGAGAUUUACAACAGGGAGUAGCUCAGUAUCAUUCCUUGAAUUAUUUUUCCUGACCCUAGCUGCCAAAUAGCUAUCAUAUGCUUUUACUCCUUGUUUCUGUUCUCUGUCAGGGUUGAAUUAAGAAGCUGCUGGUUCAUUCCCAACUGUUGAUGCUCUUUGAAUGUGUUAUUUUAUGCCCAGGUGGGGCCAGUGCAAAAAAAAUCUGUGCCUCAGGAGGCGGUAAACAUAAUGCAAUUUUCUUGGGGGUGGGGGUGGGGAGAAAUUAGUUGGCUGCUUGAUGUUAAUUAUGGCACAGUAAUAGGAAAAGGUCGUGUCUGUGUUUUUAAGUUUUUCUUUAUUCUGCUUUUUUGCUGCUAUAAGAGUUUCCUGAAAUUUAUAUUUUAAACUUUUCAUGCACUUUACUGUUUCUAGUCUCAAAAUGUGAUAUUUUUAUUAAACAAAAAAUUUUCCAUUAUGUGAGUGAAACUUUAAAAUAGCCUAUAUUUGUCUCUCCGAAUACAAACACACAGGUCAAAAUUUAAAUUAAUUAGUUUUAAAUAUAUACAAUUUGUUUCUUCCAGAUUUGAUAUCUUAGGCUGUUUUAUUAGUCUUGAAAUGAUGCAUUUCCUUUGUUUUAUAAUAAUUUCAUCCAUAGUAAAUCAAUCAGGCUACAUAAAAUAUUAUUCCCAGGUGGGUUUAUUUUUGUGGGAGGAGGGUUGUUGGGAUUAUGUGAUGUCAUCUGUAGGACUGCAUUGAAUGGUUUUACUGAAGCCUAAAUCCCCCUUUCAAAAGUGCCUAGUGAUAGAGGCGUUGUCUGUCAUCUAUUAAAAUUGGACAUCAUUGUAGUUGAGUGAAGUUUGAUGUAAAUAAAAAUAUUAUUUAAAAAAUGUUAUAGCACCAAAAAAAAAAAAUCCUUAAGAUAACAGAUUUUCCAGGUAUCCCUUCUUAUAUACCUCAAGCAUUCAACAUCCUAGCCAUGCAAGUAAUUUGAAAAUAACUAAAGUAUAGUACUGGAAAGUAGAAUAGCAUGAAAAACUUAAUUUUGUGGACAUUGCCUUUUUUAAUCAGCUCCUUAUCUUGUACUUUGUUUUGGGUGGCUUUUCUGCUCUGGAGGUAUGCACUAACAAAACGUUUUCCUCCUUUCAUAUACGCAUGUUAAUUAGCAAUGUGAGCAAUAUUUCCUACCAUACUUCACUCCCAAUAUUUUUGAGAUGUUUGUAUAAAAUGGAAUUUAAUGUUCACCUAUGAUUGUAUAUGAACCACAGAGGAGCCCAUUUAUUAAUAAUAAACUUUUUUAAUAGUUAAAUGUUACGGGGAAAAUAAUAAAAAAAAAACUGGGAAACAUUGUAAACAGCUUAAGUUUAUUUUGUGUAUGACUGAGGCACUCUGUUGCAGGAAGGUGUGUAAUUGGGUUCUCUCUGCUUCCAAAUACACUCAUUCAAACCAUUUAUUAUCCUGUGUAAUUUUUAACAUGGUUUGAGUAGGUGUAUAGCAACUCAUGUUGAAAUGGGUAAAUUGUGUUAUGUUUUUGGUGGCACACAUGCCCUUGGGACCUUAUAUCUCAAGCUUCAUGUGUAUGGUUUCCCUUUAGCCCACUCACUACCCCAGUCUCCCACAAACCCUUUGUCCUAAUAAGUUCCCUUUGUAAAAGGAGUAGUAUCUGUUUUGAGCUACCAGUUCAGGUGAUCAGAAAUGCUGCUGUCCUCAGUGUUGUCUUACUAAAAUAAAAUGUAGGCCCUUUGGAUCUUUGACAGUAACUAGUUUAAAAGACGAGAAUGGAAAAAAUGUGUAUAUACUCUAGAAGUAAAAUAUACACUCACAUGCUUUCCAGUUUUUCAAUUAAAUGAGUUUUAUGCCAUGGAGGUGCAGAUCUUCCGAAGAGAUGAAAAAUUGGGGCAUUUUUAGUUUGUGAUUUAUGCUUUUUUGAGUUGUCGGGUGUGAUUUCAAAGUAUAUCUAAAAGAACCAGUGUUCUUUAAAAUUAUUUAAAGCAGUGUUUGGGAGAGGGAAAAUUGUACCAUUUGCCAUCAUUGGUCAUUUAAGAGCAUGUAGCAUCACUUAAUCUGUUGGGCAUCAUUGCCCAUUUCAUAGCUUUACUCAUUGUAAUGGGGAAUAUUGCAGCAUCCUCAGGACUGACAUCUGAAAAAGGCUCAAGUCCUUAUACUGCUCCUUGCUUGUUGACUUUGUUUUUUAAAAAUGUGCCUGGUGUCAACUUUUAAGCAACAGCACUGCCUAAAAGCAAGCAGAGAAAAGAAUCCCAACACCAUUCUAUAUAGGCAACUUUUUAAAAUUCGAUAUAGAAAAUCUGUUAAAGAUUUACAGUGUUUUAUGUAUAAAAAAAAUUUUGUAUGAAGUAGCUAAAUAUUUUCAUUUCAUUACUUUGAUGUAAGGAGGGUGAGCAUUUGAUAUCACACAUUGAAGUCAGGUAUGGCACAAUGCGUUCUGAGACCAGCUCCUUCACCCCCUCUACCCAAUUUGCCUUGUUAUAAGCUUCUCUUUUUAAAUUAUCCUUUCACAAGCAGAUAUUUAAUUUUAUUAACUUGCAUCCUUUGUAAAUGUUUUAGAAACCACUGUGUGUUUUAGUUUUCAGAAAUGUAAAGUUCCAGUUCUUGGCCCCAAUUCUUGAAAAUCUUAGGUCACAAAGUAAUAAGGAAUGGAAGAUAAUAAAGGCUCAUAUCACUUGGUUCCAUAGUGGCUUUGUUAGAUAGAGAAUGUUAUCACGUAAAACCAGAAAGCUUAUAAAUAGAAUGUUCCAUUUAAAAAUUAUAUCUAGUAAUUAUGUUACUAGAUAAGCAAAAUUUGAAGUUAUUUACAAGGUUUCUGAAAUCACCAAUACAUUAUUCUAUGAAUAAUCAUAUAGUUAUGAAAGGGGGAAUAGCAUAUAUAGGAAACAAUAGAUGGGGCAGUGUAGAAGUUAAUUAAAUAUGUAGAAAGUAAUGCCUAAUAAAGUCAAUAAUAAUGGAAGGUCAGCUUUUUGUUUUUAGGGUUUUAUUUUUUUAAAGCAGUAUAAUUUACUGAUAUAUUUAGGUUUUAUUUUUUGCUUUUGUUUUUUAGUCUGAACUAUUAUAGCAGUUUUUCAGAGAAGGGGCUUAUGAUUCAAUAGCAUAGUCAUAGAAGUCUGGCAGUUUCGGAUAGUUAAAACAUAUGAAUAUAAAUGGAGCAAAGAGCUUGCAAAAUUAUGUGGAAAUGACCAUAGUGAAUGUUUAUUUUCAUAAUAGAUACAAAUUCUCAUACAUGCCUCCCUCUUUUUGUUUUUUGUUAAAAACAAUUACCUUUCAGAUAAUUGAAAAUAUGAACUUAUUUUUAUAAGUAGUAAACUCAGAUUGCUGCAUAUAUUUUUUUUCAUUUUAUUGGUAUAUUUAUACCAUAUCUGAUGGAUUACUAAUAUAAAUGGGGGGGGGGGGACUUUAUGUAACUGCCAAUGUAGAAACUACAUCAUCAUUUGGUAUUUUAAAAGUUCUAACAGUUUGAUUAACCAUUUUGUUUGAAAUUGAUUUCUACAAUGCUGAGCAUCCAGUUUUUCAAAUGAAAAAUUUGCUGUAUCUUUAAAUUGGACCUGUCCAGAAAUUUUCUGUUUCAGAGAAAGUUAAAUUUGAGGUUGCAUAUUUACUUUUCUUAAAGUUGUUAAAAGAAAACCUUACUGCUCAUGCUAAGGUUUUCUUACCUUGCCCUUCUUAACAAUUUAAUUGAGUUUUUCGAAAUAAAAAUAUAGGGAGAGAAGAUGGCAAAUGGUCUCUUGGCCAGGUAUGGCCACAAUGAAGAGGUAUUCUUAGGCCUUUGUUUAUGUUAAUCUUUCAGGAGAAUAGUAAAAUAUGGGGAUAUUGAAGAGUCAAGCUAGAUAAUAAGUGGUGAUUUCUUUAAAAUUUAUUAGUAACUAUUGUUGGUCUCUAUACAAGACUUCAAAAUGCAUGACCAUAUCUAAUUAAUUCUAUCAGUAGUUGAACAUUUCUGAGAGCAAAACAAAUUUCUUUUUCAAAUUAAUUACUGAGACCAUUUGUGCCUAGCAUAUACUAGCAGCAUACAUGACACAAUACAAAAAAAGCACCUGAAGUUAGAGGUGGAUUUUUUUCAUGAAGUAAUUUUAAAUUAUGAGGUGGAAAUGGUUAUCAAUAUUUUUGGGAGUCUUUAGCAGUGGCAAAAUGUGCCAAGUGAUAUGAUUCUUUGGAUUAUAUUGUGUGUAAGCUUACAGAAUUGUUCAGAAGUCAGAAUAGCUCCUGCUUUUCUAGUGUUUCAUAAUUGGUGUUAAAUAAUUCCCAAGCUUUUAACCAAUAAUCUGCUUUGCAUCUGUUUUCUUUCUAAAGUGUAAGAAUCAUGGUGGCCCUUUCUAAAAGUGACACUUGUUGCUUAUCCUUUACUGCCUUUUUUUUUUUUUUUAAUUAAUAGUGUGGGUUUUUAUUUCUUUCAAGCAAUUAGUAUUGUUUUGUGCCAUGUUUCCUUAAUUUGUGAUUUUCUGAAUUUAUAAGGUUGACAGUGGUGAUUGUUAAUGAGCUUUGGCUUUGCUUAUUACUGGGCAGUCUUGAUAUAUUAGUUUUUCAGUGUGUGAAACAGUGUCUGUUUUGUAUUCACUGAAAACUAUACUCUCCUUUCUCCUUGCUUAACUUGCUAAAAAAGCAAAAACAAAAACACCACUUCCUACCUGUGCAAUCCCUAAACAGUGCUUUGCUGGCUGGGGGGGUGGGGAGUGGGAUGUUAUGGUUCAGUCCCUGUAGCCCUGCAUUU